AAUCAACUUCUGCUCACUUGGCAUUCCGGGUAGAUGGCGCCGGUUUUCCUCAUAACAUUUGAAGUUAGAAAUUAGAAUAAAAAAUAUAUAAAUGUAGGCCUAUUUGAUGGAAUAAACAAUAUUGCGGUUUAUGACAGCAUCGUCUACCAUGAAGAAAUCGAGUCCAGCCCAUGUGUCUCUGGUGUAAACAUCAUUUCAGCGUCGGCAAACAGGAGGCGCAUCGGGUGGACGGACUGCAGCAUCUCCACCUGAAUCUCUCCAUCAGCCUCCGCCUUUCGGAGAGUCACGGGAACGGAGGACGCGGAGAUCAUACCCGACCGGAGACCGCAGGCGAUGGCAGCCGGUGGAGGAUGCGGGGAAUCGGUGGAUCAGUACCGGAGCGAGGUGGAAAGGCUGACCCGAGAGCUCGCUGAGGCAAACCGGGAGAAGAUCCGGGCUGCGGAAUGCGGUCUGGUGGUCCUGGAGGAAAACCAGAAGCUCAAACAUCAGUACGCCGAGCUCGAGAUCGAGCAGGAGGCUUUAAAACAGGAGCUAGAGCAGCUUCAGGAGGCAUUUGGUCAGGCAUACACCAACCAGCGUAAAGUAGCCGAGGAUGGGGAGACAAAUGAAGAGACGCUGCUGCAGGAGUCAGCCUCUAAAGAAGCCUAUUACAUGGGACGUCUGGAUGACCUUCAAUCCCAGCUCAAAGUGAGCAGCUCCGCAGCCUCCAACGCCCAAGCAGAGACCGAACACCUCAACGCCCUAAUGCAGGAACUCAGAGAGAACAAUGAGACGUUAGAGCUGCAGAGGAGCCGGAUGAGAGAGGAGAUCAGAGAGUAUAAGUUCAGAGAGGCCAGACUUCUGCAGGACUACACUGAGCUGGAGGAGGAGAACAUCACUUUACAGAAACUGGUGUCAACACUCAAACAGAAUCAGGUGGAAUAUGAGGGUCUAAAGCAUGAAAUCAAAGUGCUUGAAGAAGAAACGGUGCUGCUCAACAGUCAAUUAGAAGAUGCUUUACGGUUAAAAGACAUUUCCCAAGGCCAGUUGGAGGAAGCGUUGGAUUCUCUGAAGAGCGAACGAGAGCAGAAGAACAAUCUGAGAAAAGAGCUGGCUCAUCAUCUCAGCCUGACUGACAGUGUUUAUGGAGCCAGCACUCACCUGGCCAUCUCUGCCGUGGAGGGUCUGAAGUUUGCAGAGGAGGCUGCGACCAAUGGCACGUCUGCUUCCGGGACCAGUCCUAACAACGAGGACAGCAACCGGUGUAAUAAUGAGUGUAAUGGACAUGGACCAAAAGGAGAAUACCAUCGCAGGAAGACAGAGAUGCUCCCGGUGUCUGAUCUCUUCAGUGAACUCAACCUGUCUGAGAUACAGAAACUCAAGCAGCAGCUCAUACAGGUUGAGCGAGAGAAAGCAAUUCUACUUACCAACCUGCAGGAGUCUCAAACUCAACUGCAGCACACGCAGGGUGCUUUAACUGAGCAGCACAGACGUGUUCACCGCCUUACGGAACGUGUUAAUGCUAUGAAACGCCUCCACAAUGACAAGGAGUUUGACACAGAAGAGUCCGAGAAGGGCGACGGUCCUAUUAACGGUUGCUGUGAGUUUGAAACAGACAUCAAUGGAAUAGAGCUUCUAGAGUGCAAAUACAGAGUUGCCGUGACUGAGGUCAUUGACUUGAAGGCGGAGCUUAAGGUGUUGAAGGAAAAGUAUAACCAGUCUUUGGAGAGCCAAUCAGAAGAGAGCAACCACAGCGAAGGGAAGGUCCAGGCGCUUGAAGAACAGGUGAAACAACUGGAGAAAAGCUGUCGUGAGGCACGUGAGCGGGUCAGCAGUCUGGAAGCUGAGCUUCGGUGUGCUUCUGGAAUGGCCAGCGAAAGUAACGGCAUGCUGAAUGCAGCUCAAGAUGAGCUGGUUACAUUUAGCGAGGAACUUGCUCAGCUCUACCACCACGUCUGCUUGUGCAACAAUGAAACGCCAAAUCGUGUCAUGCUGGACUACUACCGUCAGAGUCGGGUCACACGUAGUGGCAGUCUCAAAGGCCCAGAAGACCCACGAGCCCUGCUUUCUCCACGUUUAGCUCGGCGUCUUGCAGCUGUGAACUCCUCAGACAUGUCCAAGAGUCCUCAAGACUCUCCUUCGAAGGAACCCCUUGGAGACGGAAUUAAAGGGGAAGGAGGAAGUCCCAAUAGAACCCCAUUUGGCUCACCAAUCAAUGGUUCAUCUCUCUCAUCCUCCACAAUUCCAGAGACAGGUGAUCUCCGCAGGGAGCCCAUGAACAUCUAUAACCUCAACGCCAUCAUCCGUGACCAAAUCAAGCACCUGCAGAAGGCUGUAGACCGCUCUCUCCAGUUGUCCAGGCAGAGGGCUGCUGCUAGAGAGUUGGCGCCUAUCCUCGAUAAGGACAAGGAGGCCUGCAUGGAGGAGAUCCUGAAACUCAAAUCGCUCCUGAGCACCAAAAGAGAGCAGAUCGCCACCUUACGUCUUGUCCUAAAAGCCAACAAACAGACUGCUGAGGUGGCCCUGGCAAACCUCAAGAGCAAGUAUGAAAAUGAGAAAUGCAUGGUGACGGAGACAAUGAUGAAGCUUAGGAAUGAACUCAAGGCUCUCAAAGAAGACGCAGCCACCUUUUCCUCACUGAGGGCAAUGUUUGCAACAAGAUGUGAUGAGUAUGUAACUCAACUAGAUGAGAUGCAGAGGCAGCUGGCUGCCGCAGAAGAUGAAAAGAAGACUCUGAACUCCCUCCUGCGAAUGGCCAUUCAGCAGAAACUGGCCCUCACGCAGCGCCUGGAGGACCUGGAGUUUGACCACGAGCAGUCGCACUGUGGCCGUGGAGGGAAAGUGCCAAAAAUUAAGAGCAGCCCUCAAAAAUUUCUCUUAGAUUGUCAGCAGCCUGCUGCCUCAGUACCGCCGUCCUCCCCACAACUGAGGCGCAGCAGGGCAUCCACGGCCCACAGUCCUAGUGUGUUACUAGCUCUUGAAGAGGACCAGAAACCUGCGGCCAUCUCCAGACUUCCAUGUGACCCUUUCAACUGUCUGGCCCAACAUUCUCAUCUUUUUGGCCCUUAGUGUCCUGUCAGUGAUCUCUAAAAGUGUCCAAUCCUCAUUGAGACAAAUAAAGGGGCGGGGCUCAUCAGUCAAUCAAGACCUCCAGCCAAUCAGAUGCUCCUCUUUAUCUCCGAUCCCUGAGGGACACGUCCCAAUUUCCAGAGAUUGGAUGAAUUAUUCAACAAUGUCUUUUGUGAAAGUAUGUGAGAAAUGGACUGAUGUAUUUAUCUAUUUAUUAUUUAAAUUAUUUGUGUUCUUGUUUGUUUAUUUCACAGUAUUAUAUAUGGUUUGUCUGAUAAUUUGGAUAUGAGGAUGCUUCUGGAUAUGGGUGCAGCUUUGCUUAAACAUCACACUUUUAAACCAAAACAAUAGAGGUAUUAAUUCUAUCAACCCAAGAAUGAAAUGUGACUCGCGCGUGAUUAACAGACCAAACUAAUAUUUGGGUAUUGUUUUACAAUAAUGUUCCAAUAUUACAUUCGUUUACAUGAGCUGGCAGUGAAUAAUAAUAAAAGGUAAUAUAUUCAAUCUUUGUUAAGUUAUUAAAGACACAACCAGAGCAGAGUUGGAAGAUUAGCUUAAAUGAAAAGCUAAUUGUGCACAUGCUAGCAAAGUAAGCUAGUUAUUAAAUUCAUUCAUUUAAUCUAGCUUAAGGCUGGUUUAGACUCUAACGUUUCUGCGUCGAGUAAUCAGAGUGCAAGAGUUAAAGUGAAGAGUUUGGAGUGAACCACGGCGCAAGUUUCCAUCUAUAGCUACUUCAUGGGACUCGACAUUUGUAAACACGAGUUUGCGCAGCUCUCGUCCCACCCACACUGGUCACAGCCACCAAGCUGACCAAUCACAAAGAUUGUGCUAUUCUAUGCAACUGCAUGAAGGCUGCGCCGGAGAAUACGCGUAUGCUUGACUCAGAAGUAUAAAUCAGCCUUAAGUGCUUUAUUUAUCAGGGGUCGCCACAGCGGAAUGAACCACCUACUAUUCCAGCCUAUGUUUUACAGAGCUAUGUUUU